CAGAAGUUCCUAGCAAGCAGAGGUUGGCUUUCUCUGAAUUUAUGACAGGAUACAUCCCCCUUACAAGGCUACACACUUUACAACACAGCAUAGGGCAGUUGACUUUUGCAAGAUUGACAUUCUGUUGAAAGAUUUGAAGAAAACCGUCUACUUUAAGGGCAAAGCCAGGUGCUUUGAGUUCACAACAUGAUAGAAAUCUGUUGUGUGGCUGCUGCUUUCAUAUUUUCGCUCUUCUGUGAAACAUGUGGUUUAGUAGUACCUCAUUCCACAGAGUUAUCAUCAUCAGCCAAUAACUCCACCAUCAUAAAGCCUGAUCUGAGCGCCCAGCUGGAUUCUGCAAAUAUUACCAAGGCCAGAAGAAAGCGUUAUAUUUCCCAAAAUGACAUGAUUGCUAUUCUAGACUACCAUAACCAAGUCAGAAGUAAAGUCUUCCCACCUGCAGCAAACAUGGAAUAUAUGGUGUGGGAUGAAACCUUGGCAAAGUCAGCUGAAGCCUGGGCUGCCACAUGCAUUUGGGACCACGGACCGCCCUACCUAAUGAGAUUCCUUGGUCAAAACCUCUCUGUGAGAACAGGAAGAUAUCAAUCUAUUUUACAACUAGUAAAACCAUGGUAUGAUGAAGUAAAGGACUAUGCAUUUCCAUAUCCUCAAGACUGCAACCCCAGAUGUCCUUUAAGAUGCUUUGGACCAAUGUGUACACAUUAUACCCAGAUGGUUUGGGCAACAACGAACAGGGUAGGCUGUGCGAUCAACACUUGUCACAACAUGAACGUCUGGGGUGCCGUAUGGAGAAGAGCUGUCUACUUAGUCUGCAACUAUUCACCCAAGGGAAACUGGAUUGGAGAAGCACCAUAUAAAGUUGGGGUUCCAUGUUCUGCAUGCCCACCCAGUUAUGGAGGCUCUUGUACAGAUAACCAAUGCUUUCCAGGAGUAACUUCAAACUACUUAUAUUGGUUUAAGUGAACUGAUCCAAUUCAGGAUAUUAUUUUCUUUGAAUGAAAAUUUUAGAAUGCUGUAAAUGUUUACAGUAGCAAAUGGGAAAUGUAGCGUGUUAGCUAAUUGUAAUAUCAGUGAUCAAGCUUAUCCAGAUACAAUCACUGAUCAGCACAUUGUCACUAAUAUAUUAAAAUCCAGUGCAUUACAGCUAUAUAUUCUGUCAACUUAAAAAUAUGGGACCUAAUUCAGAUGCAGCACGGCUGUGGCAGAACAGACAAGAAGCACAACUUUACAUACGUUGUGCCAUUUCUACUGCCUUGCUACCGCUGGAACUCAGUGAUAGGGCAGGCGUAUUACAAGCCUACUGCUCUAAUCUAAACCAAAUGCAUAUCACUAUACCGUUCUAUGGAUUUCAAUUCUUGCACACAAAAAUACUUGUGUGCGAUUUGUGUCAAAUGUUAUGUUUAUUACAUAUCAGUUUUGGAGAGAAAACUACGGCCGGCCUAAGGUGCCUUGUGCAUACCUUCUGUCAUAUUCAAACCAUGAAACCAUAUAACCAUACCAAUCAGUGUGUAAUUAUGAGCACCAUACUGUAUGGAACUAAAAAAAAGUGCCAUAUAUUGUCCAAAUAAUAAUGCCAUACUGUUCCCCAAACAGCAGUGCUACACAGUGCUGCCCCUUCCAUACACAGCAAAAAUGAUGUACUAUACAGUAGUGCAUAAAAAGUGAAUAGCACCAUAUAGUAGGCAAAUAAUUCCAUCAUGUAGUGAUCAAAUAAUAGCUUCUUAUAGACAGUAAAAAUACUGUACAGUACAAUGUCUGAAAAAAAAAUUGGCUAUACAAUUAAUAUUAGGAUUAGUGAUCGUUACAAGCCUCAGGUCAGACUGCACAGGUCACACUCACCAGAGGUCAGCCCCGGGUAAAACUACUUGGCCAAGAAAAUACAUAAAGGGGCAAAUUUAUGAAAACUGGGGUAAAGGAAA